GCUGCCUGUCUUCUCAGGUGUGGCUCCGUUUUCGAUUACAUAAAACAAUAUACAGGAAUUGUGUUAACAAGAUCAUAUUGAACUACAAGCCCUGAUAAAACAACGGACUCUGUCUUCAUUUAGUCUAGAAAAUCAAAGCUCUACUUUGCACAGGAAAAAGAGUGGGGCAUUUUGGCUUGUGUAUAACUGUUAAAUGGGCGCUGGAAUAUUUGAGAAUCUGAUAUGAAUUUGUUUCAAUUAUAUCAAAUGGGUCUACUUCUUGUAGAGGUUUAGAAUUGUUAACCUCGUUCACAAGGUAGAGUACCUCAAUUGAUUUAGUGAAUUUAUUGAUUAAAGGCACAUGAAGAUUUUAGUAACAUGUCUAUUAUGAAAAGAAUAGAAAGAAUUAAAAAAGAAUAGACAAGCAAAAUACGGUUCCAAUUUGUAAUUUUAAGACCAACCCGAUUGAGUCCGAGCAACGUGGGAUCGGGCUGGGUUGGACCCAUAAAUUUUAUCGUUAUCAGACUGAACUGCAAACUUAAUUCAAGAAAAACAGGCGUACGAAACUCGAAGUGGGAAUAAAAUGGUUAGUGGGGCAACAAUGGCAGCGGUGAUAGCAAGACCCUCGUCAAUAGCGGUGCUUAGCAGACAAAAACCGGAAGCCAGAAGCAGAUGGGUCUUGAGUCCUUUGGCCUUUUCAUCAUCACCAGCUUCUUCAACAAGAAAGCUGGUGCUCUACUCAAAAACCGGAUGCUGUUUGUGUGAUGGCCUCAAAGAAAAACUUCAAGCUGCUUUUUUAAUCUCUGGCCCUGAUUCUCUUCAUGACGUUGAUUUACAGGUGAGGGAUAUAACCACCAAUCCUGAGUGGGAAAAGGCUUACCAGUAUGAGAUACCUGUGUUGGCCAAAGUACUUUCUGAUGGCAGGGAGCUUCUCUUUUACACUUCAUCUGUUGGAGAGAGAGAGGAGGAAACAAAAGAAUAUGGAGUACUGCUUGAGAAUAAAAUGAUGAGAGAUAAGGAAUGAUGAAGGAUGUAUACCAAUUCAAACUAGUUGAACUCAAUCAUAUCCAUAAAUGGGUGGAAGAAGGAUAAAAAGAAUAAAUCUUGUUAAAGGGAGAAGACAUUUAUUCUGCCUAAAAUUUGUAAUAAUGAAUAAUUUUGUACAACUAUAGCAUAUAAAGGUGUAAUGGUCAAAUUAAAAAGUAAUGGUUUCUAAUGAUACUCUAGUUUCCCUAUCUCAAUCUCCUUUCUUCCUAUCAAGCAUGGCCUUAGGGUUUCUAUUAAUGCAUUGAGACUUGUGUUAUAGAUAUUCAAUUUGAGUUUGAGGACCUUA